AAUUAGUAUAGUUUUAGUCAGGCGUACGAGACGCACGUGGAGUCGUUGGUUCUGUCGGAGACGGUUCCAUAAAAUAAUUGUUGUCAUGUUGACCACUGUCUUGUUUGUGUAUUUUACUGUACUACUGAUCGGUUCUUCAAGUGAACUCAUUAAAUGUUGCCCAAUUGGGUACAAUUUCGGAAGUAAUUUCAAGUGUGUGAUAUCCAUACGCAGCAACAACGACAUCAUCUUCAACGAAGCGAACUAUGGCAAUCAAACGGACUUCAAUACCACCUGCUAUCGAAGUGGUGAAAGCGUGAACGACGAACAAGCUGCUGUCUUGGAAUAUGCCCGCAACCUAACCGAAGUCGAAAUGUGCAUGGAUGUCGAUGAUCACAACGGUACAGUUCACGUGAAGCCAUGUCCAAUGGAUUGGAGAGAGCGGCCGAAAGGAUGCGACAAUAUUUUUACUCCCAUAUUUCCCUGGGGUGCCAGUAUAGUGAUUGGUGCAAAUUUAAUUUACAUCAUUCCCUUCGUCGUUGUCGUCGUUUUCUGCAUCUUCGUCCCUGAACUUCGCAAUCGCGCCUACGACAAAGCCGUAUUAAACUACAGCGCCUGCCACAUUUUCAUUGCAGUAGUAUUAGCUGUAAUGGGAUAUUUCUUUUUGUGUCACAAGCCCAUGAGACCAGCUUGGUUGUAUAUAGUAUUCGGGUUGUUGCUGCAGUUCGUAACGAUAGCUACCGUAUUUUGGUUGAACGUCAUAUGCUUGGAAAUGACCUUAGCCAUCACCAGAUUAAGGUGGAGACAUGGCAACGACAUAACCGGGUCUGCGGAAAACCGGAAGUCCUGGAAGUAUGCGGCCUAUGCCUGGGGUGGAAGCUUCGCGAUAACUGCCAUCACCUGUUUCAUUGAACUCUGUCCAUGGAUACCGACAUCGUCAUUGCUGAAGCCGAAUUUCGAGAGAGUCAACGACGGGCCGAACUAUCCAGUGAUUUUUUACGUGAGCGUAGCACCUGCGAUCACCUUGGUCUUAAACAAUAUUCUCUUCAUCUACACUACGUACAAGGUCAUCAUUAUCCGAAAAUCAACCGCCGUCGCCAGUGAGAACAACAAGAACAUUAGGAAGAAGUACUUUAUGUUCUUGAGGCUGUAUCUCGUGAUGGACGCUCCGUCGAUUGUUGGAAUUAUGGCGUCAAUCUAUCCUGAGAUCUGGAUUUUAAAGUUCAUCAGAAUUAUCCAACCGAUAUUAAUGCUCCUUGCUAUAUUACCGAAGAAAAAGUUUUGCCGAGCAAUGCGAUGCUCCCCUGCUAAUAAACCAGCUGUAACCACACAAAACAAAAAUAUCCAGGGCGAAACGCCGUGUUGA